GCAGUAGGCUCCUGUGGGAGUCCAGGCUGGGAAGGCUGGAGGUUAGGAGUGCUUCCUGUGCCCUGCGCCAUGUGGAGUCUGCCGCCGAGCAGGGCUCUGUCCUGUGCGCCACUGCUGCUUCUCUUCAGCUUCCAGUUCCUGGUUACCUAUGCUUGGCGUUUCCAAGAGGAAGAGGAGUGGAAUGACCAAAAACAAAUUGCUGUUUAUCUCCCUCCCACCCUGGAGUUUGCCGUGUACACAUUCAACAAGCAGAGCAAGGACUGGUAUGCCUACAAGCUGGUGCCUGUCCUGGCUUCCUGGAAGGAGCAGGGUUAUGAUAAGAUGACAUUCUCCAUGAAUCUGCAACUGGGCAGAACCAUGUGUGGGAAAUUUGAAGAUGACAUUGACAACUGCCCUUUUCAAGAGAGCCCAGAGCUGAACAAUACCUGCACCUGCUUCUUCACCAUUGGAAUAGAGCCCUGGAGGACACGGUUUGACCUCUGGAACAAGACGUGCUCAGGCGGGCAUUCCUGAGUGGGUCCUAGCCACGGGCCUGGCCACCUGCUGUCCUCUCCUUUCCAGCAUGUCGGCAGUUCCUCAACAUGGCCCUUCAGUGCCUGAGCAGCUCUGUGCUUGUGUGUUCUUACUUUCCAUGUGUUAGGAGUUCAUGCUCAGGUAUUUUAGAAAUUCUUCAUUGUCUAAAUUCAUCAUGUAGUAUACAUCUUAACAAUUAGCAUUUUAAGAAGCUUUGUGUGCCAUGAUUCUGGAGGAAGGGGCUUGGGCAGUUGAUGGAGUUAUUCUCAGCAGGGCAGCCUCCUGGGCUCUCAGGGGUAAGUUUUUCUCCCUUAUUGGGCCUCCUGAGCCACUUCCAGAGGCACAGGUAAGGUGCGUCUGAGCUGCUAUCUCAGGGCCCCUUGCAGGCUGCAGAGGGGCAGUGAGGGUGGCCUCCCAGGGUAUCAGAUGUGCACAUGGAGCAGGACAGGGACUCGGGAUCCCACGUAACAAAUGUGACAUUGGCACUAAUGCUCAGGGUGCAUGUAUACCUAGUGUGUUAGCUGAGAAUAGCCAGCAGCUAUGGACACCCUGUCCACAUCUCCCAGAUCAGGCUUCAGCAUGUAUUUUCUGUAAAGAUUUAAGGAGUAACUAUUUUGAUCUUUGUAGGCCAUAUAGUCACUUUCUCAGCUACCCAGCACAGCCUUUGUAAGUUGAAAGCAGCCAUAGUCAAUGCAUAAACAAAUAAGAGCAGUCCUGUCCCAACAAGACUUUGUUUACACAUGGAGACAACCAGACUGGGCUGCAUUUGGUCCUCGGGCCAUGGUUGCCAACUCCUAAGGUCAAGUCUGAGAGCCACGCUCCAUCUUCAGAAGCGAGGCAGGUGAAUGUCCCAGUCUCCCAGCCUCCUGGCACCCGAUUCAGAGUGUGUGUCACAUGGUUCUCAGAGCUCCCCAGCAGGAUAAACACCCUCGGCCCCAGUGUAACCCAUCGAUAACAGACACAUUGUGUUUCCCCUUCUCUAUCUCCCUUUCUCACAUGUGCCUCCUGGGAUCAUCUCCAAAUAAACUACCUGCACCCACC